GCAUCCAUCAAGAGGCAAAUAUGCGUGCUGUUGAGCUCUUCUGCCUGACCUUUUGGUGUCUUUGCGCCCUGUCGUGGGCACGCCAGCCAUGUCAGUCACCCCAUAUGACACAUGGAACGCUAAGUGUGACUUCCUUUGGAGGUGAAACUGCUGCUUUUGGAGACUUCAGUUAUGACUCUCAAGGAAAAAAGCUUCGUUUUGUGGAGAACGAGGAGUACACAAAUAAAACCUCUCAUGAUGACAUGGACGUGCUCAUGCUUUUUGAAGAGGGUGUUUUCUAUGAGAUAGACAGUAAAAACCAGAGCUGUAAGAAAAUGGUGCUGCACUCACGUAAACACCCCAUGGAGCUGCCCCCUGAUGCCAACCAUCUGGCCGAGAUGUAUCUGGGUAGUGAUUCUGUUUCAGACCAGGGUGUUCGGCUGCGGAUAUGGCUGGGAAAGUUUCCAGAGCUCAAUGCCAACUAUUCCAUAACCACCACUUCCUGCGGCUGUCUGACCCUGAGUACUGCAUACAACGGUGAGAAGAAACAUCUCCUGUUCAGUUUCCUGAACGUUGAGACUGAAGUGAAAGACCCUCAUGUCUUUGUCCCUCCAUCUUACUGUGAUGGUGUGGCUUUGGAGGACUCCGGAGAUGAGAAGAAUAGCUUCUUCAGCCUUUUCGAGUAA